AUAAUAAUAGUAAAAUUUACGUUUUACAAUAAUAUUUUGCUUCUGCUUUAAAAACCUAACAAGACAAACAUUGAGAACGCAAUACAGAUAAAAAUCAUUACGACAAGUAAUAUUUAAGUGCAAACCCCUUAUUAAACCUCAUCAACGUGAUUAAGUGAUUGCCACUUUUUAAGCUAUUAUGGCUUCUGCAACAGGUUCUGGAUCUGGAACAGGAACAGGUGACUGUGAGGGAGAGGAACAGGAUGACUCUUCUUCUUAUCCAGAAGUCCUUGAACUUACUGAAACUUUGAACUCAUUGAGUGUUGAUAAAAGUCAGGAAGAUUAUGAAGAUGAGUUGUCACUAUUCCGACAACAAUGGCGGCGUGAGUUGGAGGACAGCCCAUCACAUCAUAGACAUGUUAUGAAACCAGUGCCUGACUCAACAGACAGCAGUCUGCAGACUGAAGAAGACAAGGCUAAAAGCUUGUUCCUUCUGGGUGUUGAAAUGGAGAAUGGUGGGAAGCUCUAUGAGGCAAUAAAACAUUACAAGAAAGCUAUACAAAUUUUGCCCGAUGUUGAAUCCCAACUAUAUAAAGGUAGCGAAGUGAAGGUUGUAGCUCGUCAAGAGGUAUUAGAAGAGGAGGAGGAGGUGACAAACACAACGGUAGCAGACGAAAGCGACGAUGAGGACGCAGUUGAGGGGGAAGAAUUCGUUUCUAGGAUUCAACGGAUCCUCACUAGAAAGGGACAUUUCUUACAGGCAAACUGCCCAACUAAAGGUGGUCACAUGUCGUGGCUUCCAUAUGAGGUGCUGCAGCUCAUCCUACGAUGGGUGGUGAGUUCGGAUCUCGACUCCAUAUCCUUGGAACAAGUAUCAACUGUCAGCCGUGGUUUCUACGUUGCUGCACGGGCCCAUGAAUUGUGGAGGUCUAUGUGUAUUAGAACAUGGGGUGCGGAGUGUGGUACGCCGCGCGUACAUGAAUUUGCCUCUUGGCGACAGAUGUACAUAGAACGACCCAGACUUAACUUGCACGGCUGCUACAUCAGCAAGACCACAUACCUCCGUCACGGAGAGAACAGCUUCCAGGACCAGUUCUACCGGCCUUGGUAUUUCAUUGACUACUUUCGAUACCUCAGAUUCUUCCCCGAGGGUUUAGUGUUAAUGUGGACAACCCCAGAUGAGCCGAUCAACUGUGUGUCCCACCUCAAGUAUCGCAAUGCCAGGCAAAGCCAGGGCAUCAUGUCGGGCCAUUAUCGUCUCGUGGAGAAUAAGGUGAUUAUAGUGAUAAAAAAGUCGAGUGCAGAGAAAAAAGCUCCACAAUCCUCCAACACGAGAUUCCGGGCUCGACGCAAAGAGUCGCAUGAACAGGAACAGAUAUACCAUAUCGAGUUGGAGCUUCGUAACGUCCGUUCUCAUCGCAAUUGGUCCCUAGUAUGGAAGCACUAUGCAGUUUCCACCCGUGGCCAAUGGUCUAACUUUGAACUCGGCUCCAAAAAAUUCCCUCCCUUUAUGUUCAGCCGUGUCCGGAAUUACACGGCUGAGUCCUACGAGCCACUCACUUCCUACACUUGAGCUCAUUAUAAGUAACGCUUGCAGCACUCUUGCGCAGUUCUUCGUGGUUGUAAUUUAAUUUCUAAGUGUAUUUCAAAUAUUGUUU